AGGCAUCUGCGCUUGCGCGAGUCAUGAUCCAACAUGGCGUCCAAGGUGGAGGGUGUUUUUCUUCCUACAUGAAUUGUUUAGUAGAGAAAUGUCGCGUCUUGCCGACUACUUUGCCAUAGUCGGAAUCGACAAAGACACAAGCUAUGGUGAAGGGUUGAAAGGCAAGGUUUUGCAAAGAUUUCCACCUCAAGACCGCAAAGAUGUCGCUUUUCCGGAGGGUAUUGAGCUGUUCUGUCAACCAACAGGAUGGAAAACCAGCUACUACUGUAGGCCGCAGACCUUUUUUGUCUCCGUUCUCACCGACAUGGAAGGCGAUCACAAAUACCUUGCUUGCUUCACAUUCUAUGAACCGUACUUACCAGUAUCUGCUAGGUCCAAGGGGUCACGUGCAAGCUUGUCUGAUACCUCGUCAGUAAAAACAGCCACAGAUGGCCAGCCUGGGAUCACUGUGACAAAUGAGGAUCUUAGUCUGGAGUCUUAUGUACCUAAGACUCUAUGUCUUGUUUCAGCAGUCACAUACUUUGAGAUUCUCAAGAAUUGUUUGACCACAAUCUACCUGGCAUUCAUGGCUGGAAAUGAAGAGUUGCUGGAGAAGCUUGUCGGCUCCAUCCUCGGCCUUGUGAGAGUACCACCUCCUGGCGGCCCGAAACUUGCAUUCUCUAUCGGCGCUGGGGAUAGGCAGACGUUAUGCCCCCCUCUGUGUGACACCAUACCUGUGACGGGUGUGUCUGUGUCUACCGUUUUCCAUCAAAUAGGCAUUCACAACAUGCUGUCACUGUUCUGUGCCGCUGUCACAGAGAACAAGAUCCUGUUCAUAUCCAGCAGCUUUGUCCAGUUGACGACAGUUACUAGAGCCAUGCUUGCUCUCAUGUACCCUCUCAAAUUCAGCUAUGUGUACAUCCCUAUUCUACCAGCUGCUCUGCUAGACUUCCUAAGUGCCCCUACACCAUUCAUCAUGGGUGUGCAUGAGAGCUACAAGGACAAUAUUCCAGACACGUCUGAUGUCAUCCUUGUGGAUAUAGAUGGUGGACACCUCUCCAUACCAGACAGCGUGAAUCUGGCUAUAUUACCUGAGCCGUUAAUGAGCAGAGCUCGCAGGGAGCUUUGUCUGGUGAUGAACCCACAUCUCAUAUCAGCAGAUUAUGUCUUCCAGCAGCCACCUCCAAAAUCUGCUCUUCCUCUACAGGACAAGGAAAUCAGAGCUAUUUUCCUGAGGAUCUUAGCCCAGACAUUUGCAGGGUAUAGGUCAUGCUUGACAUUGAUCAGAAUUCACCCAAAACCUGUCAUCACCUUCCACAAGGCACGAUUCCUGGAGCAAAGAGGGAUGAUAGGGGAUGACUUUUUUUCAAAGGUGCUGGAGAGCAUGUCCUUUUCACAGUUUGUCGCCACUAGGGGACCCCCAUACAGAACCUGUGAUCUGUUUGACCAGCUCACAGCUGAAGUGGAAACAAUGAUAACAAGUGAAUGUGACAAUGAUGGGGAAAUACUGGCAAACAUUCAGCAGAUAGCUCAACAGUUAUUUGAGAAUGAGCCAUCUAGUGAUCAACUGGAUGACAACCUGCAGAAAAGUCUGAAUACCUUGACUCUAGCCAGAGAAGCAGAUGGUGCAAGGAGAGAGUUUUUUCCUGCACUUGAUGCCUCUAUUAUUGACCAGUUCAUCAAAGAAGAAGGAAAUCAGGAGGAAUUCACCAUUGUCCGACCUGACCCAGAAAUUGUGCCUUGUGGGCGGGGAUUCACCAGUCGGCAACAGCACUACAUGGCAGGGCGAAAGCUUGAGGUUCUCAAGGACUGUGUGUCAUACAUUUUUGACAACAAGAUAUCAGAAGCCAGAAAGGCGUUGCCCUCUGUGCUGAGGUCCUUAAAGUCCAAAGGGGCGCAGCUGGCCCUUUGCCAUGAGCUGUCAUUACGAGCCAAGCAAAACAGGUCUGUCCUUGAACAUGACCAGUUUGACUUGGUGGUCCGACUGAUGAAUAACGCCCUGCAAGAGGAUGCAAGCAUGGAUAACACCGCAGUUGCUGCAGCCUUGUUGCCCUUGACAUCUACGUUCUGCAGGAAACUAGCAACAGGCUGCAUGCAGUUUGCCUACACAUGUGUGCAAGACCACCCCAUUUGGGAAAAGCAGCAGUUUUGGGAGGAAGCCUUUUACACGGAUGUUCAGACCCAGAUCAAGCAACUGUACAUUGUGGAAGAGGCACCACGAGCUGUUGCCGAGGACACCCUAGAAAAACCCGACCGGUCAUCGCGCAGCAGCCUGACUCCCUCAGCAAAGCACAGGAGCUUUACUGGCAAGGAGAAUAUGCUCAGCAAAGAAUCAAGAGAUUCUUCAGAUAGUGAGAGUAAGGUUACUCUUAAACCGCCCAAGUCACCGCCAUUUAAGGCGGCACCUAACGCAUUGGACAUUGCUGCAGAGCAGAUAAAAAAAUGGGCAACUAUGAAGCAAGAGGAACGAGAUAACCUGAUCUCAAGCGAGGAGAGCAUAGUCUACAGCCAGGCCAUACAUUAUGCCAACCGCAUGGUCUACAUGAGAAUUCCUCUUAAUGCAUGUGAGAUGAUGCCUUCCAAAACGCCAAACACUCAGCCACCCCACAGUGCCGGGGGGUUGAGUACAUCUAUGGCAGGAUCCAUAGCUGGUGGGCGUGGUGAAGUCGAGGGCUCUUCACUCGCUGUGGAUAAACAGAAUGGUGGAGAGAGUGUAAGCAUAAGUGUAACUGACAGUGGCUGGGAUAGUUUCCAUGAUGAAGACGAGAGAGACACUAUAGCAGACAGUGUCACAAGAUUUGUUGUCCGCUUUGUGGACCGUGUUGGCACGGAAGCCGGGAUCCACACAGAGCACAUGAAGUCGCUGUACGCCAUGAUCCCUGGUGUUGUUGCUAUGCACAUUGAAUCCCUUGAGCCUGUGAAUGCCCAGUACAAGCGGCUUGCUCCUCAACGCAAGAUCAAGAUUAUGCGGCCUGCCUUGCUGCCUGGGGAGGAGAUGCUGUGUAACGGAUUACGGUGCUACCUGGUCCCUGACGGCAGAGAGCUGGGGCGAGGAGGGGAAGUGGGGGGGCCCACGCUAUUGCCUGCUGAAGGGGCGGCUUUUUUGACGAAUUACAGGGUCAUAUUUAAAGGAACGCCUGUGGACCAAUUCGCUUCUGAGAUGAUCGUGACGAGGAGCUUCCCAGUGGGCUCAGUGGUUCGCGAGAAGAAAAUCAACGUUCACUACAUGCAGCACCUUGAGCAAUGGCUGCACGAGUGUGUCCAGCUCAGGUCCAGCACAUUCCAGCUGAUGAAGCUUGUAUUCGAUGAGGAGGUGGGUGCAGACGCAGUUCUGAUGUUCACCAAGCGAAUCAAGAAACUGCGUAGUCCUCUUACUGUGUUCAGCUCCUUCGCCUUUAUCGGCAAGGGUCUUGGACGAACCCCAACUGUCGUUAUUCAGAAACAAAUGGAGCGCAAAGGGACGCUUAGAAAAACGCGCAAGCGCUUUGUAGACCUUACCCACUCAAAGCGCGGCGGGAGCUUUGGGUCUCAUCUUAAAGGAUCGAUGAGAAAACGGAGAUAUCACGUCAAAGGUUCAAACGAUGUACGGAAACGUUCGGGAUCUCCAAGUGGCUCGAUCACGACCGAUGAUGAGUCAGUGGUCGACCUUAAUGAUAUUAAUGACCUGCAGUUGUAUGAUGAGCCCAACGCGGUGCAGGGCGUGGAUAGACUCAGUAGUAUGCCAUGCUGCCAGGAUUACUCGCGGUUAGGGUUUGGGAACAUUCUACGUGCCUCAGCAGGUGGGCCCUGGAGGAUAUCCAUGGUCAACUACACCUACACGGUCUGUAGAAGCUACCCAGCUGUAGUGGUUGUUCCGCAGAGCAUCUCAGACGACACUGUCUUGAGAGUGGCUAAGAACCAUCGCCAAAACCGCUUCCCUGUGGCCAUCUGGAAACACCCCAAGAACAAGGCUACCCUAGUGCGGGCCGGGGGAAUUGAGAGGAGCAGCGUGGCGUCCAUGAUCCGAUCCGGGAUGGGAGUGGGGGGUAGCAUGUCUGGUAACUCUAUCCCGUCAUCUUCGGUGGAGCAGGAGAAGCUAUUCGCAGCUGUCGUCUCGGCCACUCCAUUGUCCAAGAACAAGUCAGUCGCACGGCAAAACUCCCUUCACCAUGGUGUUAUCCUGAACACCGAGGGGUACUUUAACCAGGACAAGCGCGACGAGACGGACCGCGGCCAAUUGGUGGAGGCCACCCUGAAGAAGAAGGGCUGGGAGCCAGCUGCACUCUAUGUGCUGGGUGACAAGGCACACCUAAGGAAUGUCAAGCAAGAAGCCUAUCCCAAAUGCGAGUUUGUGCCAGUGGAACUUCCAGACGUCCGUGCAGUGCGUGCAUGCUUCAAGAAGUUUCUACGGGCUUGCUGCCCAGCCACUGACAGCCCCAUAAGCUUUGUGCAGCAGGUCAACGAGUCUGAGUGGCUGCACCAGCUUUCUGCGGUGAUGAACGUGUCUAAUGUGCUGGUGGAUCUUAUUGACAUUCAGGGCUCGUCUGUGAUGGUUUGUUUUGAGGAUGGCUGGGACGUCACCGCACAAGUCGUGUGUUUAGCUGAGAUUUGCCUUGAUUCUCAUUAUCGCUCCAUCGAGGGAUUUAAGACUCUGAUUGAGAAGGAAUGGUUAGGGUUUGGGCACCGUUUCACUCAGCGUUGUAACCAGGUUGAGUCUGCACAGAGUGGAUUCACGCCGGUAUUUCUGCAGUUCCUUGAUGCUGUGCAUCAGAUCAUGCGUCAGUACCCGCUCUCCUUCGAGUUCAAUCAUCAUUUCCUGUGCACUCUGGCCUAUCACCACGUGUCCAUGCGUUUCCGCACAUUCCUGAUGGACUCUGAGCACGAGCGCUACCAGGCCGGAUGGAUGAUCGAGGAGGAGGGUAAAAGGCGGGGAAAAUCACUCUGGGAUUACAUCGAUGCUCAGAAUCAAAGGUCGCCGGCCUUUUACAACUUCAUGUACUCCCCGGACAACCAGAAGGUGCUCAGGCCGUUUUGCCGAAUCUCCAAUCUCGUUGUAUGGAAAUACUACUUGACAGAGAACUUGUCGACGGGCCCUCCUUUCGACGCUGAGCUCAUCAAUGAAGUUGAGACCACAGUAGAAGACCAGCAGUCUCCUGAACACAAACAUGACUAUUUCCGACGGUGUAUGACUGGUUGCUAUGGUGACGUUACACAAUUUGCACGUGACCAAUGCACGUGGUUCCUUCAGGAGCUGAGUAGGCUAGACGAGGAGGCAGAUCAUAAGCCCGAGACGUGGAGAGAACUAUGGAACAAGCUGGAGUACCCACCUCCGACCCGAAUGGUCACCACUCAAAACACUCGCUGGGCCAAGCAACAGGCUCUCAUGCAGCACAAGCGAAGUACCAUGGAAGUCAUCCUUAGGGGUAAACUACAAGAAGAAGACCGAGGUGCGCAGGGUUUCUCUCAGCCGCACAACUUCGUCAAGCACAUGUUUUUGACUCCAUCCAAUUGUGAUUACUGCCUGCAGCUGAUCAUCGGCUUCGUCAGUAAAGGUCUCAAAUGCACAGAGUGCGGUUACAACUGUCACGAGAAGUGCCAGUCCCAGGUCCCCUGGCAGUGCAAGAAGCGUGAUUUGGCCGAGCAGCCUGGGACCUCGCUAGCCAAAAGCACGAUCAGUUUGCCUGAGAGCGAAGCGCCGAACAAACAGUUACAUUGCGGGUACCUUCACAAGAGAGGCCACUUGUUCAAGCAAUGGAAGUCCCGCUGGUUUGUACUGGAUACGCAGCGUAAUCAGCUUCGCUAUUAUGAGACCCGCGACGACCCCCACUGUGCUGGCUUUAUUGACCUUGGCGAGAUGAUCGCCGUAGUCCCUGGCAACCCGCUCCCAGGUGCACCUAAAGGAGCCGAGAAAGGAGCAUUCUUUGAUCUGCGUACGACCAAACGCGUGUACAACUUACUUGCCGAGGACCAAGAAGCGACUCAAGAAUGGAUCGAGAAAUUACAGAGUAUGAAUAUCUGAGAUCAAUGCAGGUACUAUGGGCCAAUACUGCGGCAACCUUGGGCCAAUGUUAAUCCAGUCCUGUGGUACUCGGACAGAGGGAAACAGCGCUGGACAAUAUUGGUCCAAUGUGGGCCAUAAGUCUUGACCGCUCUUGAUUGGACCCUGGAUCAAGGGUUACAAUAUUGGACCAGCCAUUGCCUGAUAUGGGCAUCAGACCUGAGAACAAUACGAGUCCGAUAUGGGCCAGUACUGGGUUUUUAAUGAGAGCAGCAAUAUUGAACCAAUAUGGGUCAAACAGACCAUUGAGACAUAAAGACCUGGAAAGGGGUAACAAUGCUGGGUUAGUACUUCAUGUAAUACCCAUACCCUAACCCUACAUGCAGAUCGUGGGGUAUUACAUGAAGUGCUGACCCAAUGCUGAACCUUUGCUGAAGCCCUGGCAACGCUAGUAUCAUUGGGGCCCUCAUCGUUCGCCAAGGAAUUGAAACCAAUGCAACUCUGUGCGUCGCUAUCCAGACGUUCACCUCUAUGUGGUGAUCGAUAAUGCAUCGCCAAGCCCUCGUGGGUCGCUAUCCAGACGUUCACCUCUAUGUGGUGAUCGAUAAUGCAUCGUCAAGCCCUCGUGGGUCGCUAACCAGACGUUCAUCUCUAUGUGGUGAUCGAUAAUGCAUCGUGAAGCCCUCGUGGGUUGCUAUCCAGACGUCCACGUGGUGAUCGAUAAUGCAUUGUCAAGCCCUUGUGGGUCGCUAUUCAUCAGGCUGGGUCCUUACUGGAUCCUUCUUACCAAUUGCUUGCGAAUAAGGAUGGUUUUCGGUACUGCUGAAGACUUUUCCGAUUCGAGGAACGUUAUCUUUGAUCCUCGGAGUAUCGGGGAUUUUUAAUUCAAGAAUGCAGAUAUGCAUUUACAGCUGUAAAUACGCUUAGGUCUUCCAUGCCUAUCAGAUGGACGGGAGACGUUUUAUUCGGGACACGGAUACAACAGAACUCGAUAAUAAUCUUAUGAAGGUCGCUACCGGAAGUACCGAUCGCUGCUGUCGCGAUACGCAACGCUUUCAGGUGUAUCAAAUCAAUAACUGUAGCGGAAAAUUUUUAAGUAAUAUAUUUACGGGCUACUCAGUUGAUGGCAAAGGCUCUUGAAGGUGGUAAUCAGCCUUCUCUAGAUUCUUCCGCAUGCGUUGUGAUAGCGACUGCUCUGCCGGGAGAGCGCAUUCCUUUUUAUUACCACGUGACCAGUCAUGUGAUUUUUACGUAACUAAGGACGAUUCUCGCUACGUACAAGCUAGGGCCCUUCAUACGCAAAUUGUGUUAGCCAUUACCAUUAAACUUUUUUGUAUUACGAGUCCAUUUGAUAAUGAUAAGGCUGAAUAUACAAGCAAAAGAAAAUAUUGAAUAAUUAUAAGUGGUAAUGCCACUAUUAAUAUUAACAGAUGAUUUUUCUAUUUAUUUAAUUCGUUGAGCCACACACUGAUUCGUGAUAAACAUUUUGAUAUUACUUGCCUUUUUGUCUCAGGUAUUUCUCGCUUCUCUGUUUAUAUACAGUAACGCAUCAUUUGCCGAUAUUAAGUGGUAACUUAACAUCUAUAAGUGGCAAUUUCCCGGACCCUAGUGGUACUGGCUUACAAAAUAUACAGCCCUAGGGCUAGAGGAGGGGAGGUAAGGGGGGGGGGGGGGGGGGGGGGUAACUAUUGAUAUUUCGUAAAAAAAAAGUUGGACUAGAGCCCACACAGUUUUCUUGUUAGGGUUCGCUUGACGUAGCUUGAUGUUCACUUAGCCCUUUCUUAUGUUUGCGUUCUCUCAACAGAGCCAUAGGGGGGAACAGUUUUAGUAGUGUUUUUAAAUAUAGGUCUUUAUGUCGCUCUAGUAAUAUUUUUGCUAAAACAAGUUACGUUUGAAAUUCAAUAAAGACCAUUUUACCCAGA